CAUCCUUCCAACAUGCCAUCCAAAAACUCAUCCCACCCCCGCCGUCGCCAGGGCAGUCCUUCAACCACUGCUGCCCUGAUCGACUCGUUCGCCGGCCUGUCUAUUCAAAAGGGAACCACCUUCCACUCUCCACCAUCCAACAAGUCAGAACUCUUCAACCCUCUCGACGCCAUCGCCCGGUCUAUGACUACUCGCUCCGUCACCAGUCCCAAAGCUCUUGAAGAUUUGCUUAUCGGCGCCGGCGAGAGAAGAGCUGUGGACUUCCUCCUCAAAGUCGACCAAGUCAUCGCCGACAACAACUCCGCCGCUGCUCUUGGAAAGCUUCUUUCCGAGCCUGAAGCCUUGCCCCACCCUCGCUGUGUUCUCGACAACUCUGGUCUAGAAGGCAUCGCUGAAGAACGUCGUGAUAGUCCCAACAAUGCUUAUGAUAGUGGUCUGGGUUCUAGCAUUGCCGAUUCGGACGAAUUCGACAACAAGAAAACCAAGGCAUCGACCAAAGGUACCGUUCUCUCGCCUCCUAUUGUCGACAAUUUAGGCAGCGCUAAUUAUUGUUUAUCGUCAGGCUCCGAUCUGAAGAGGUCUACUUCAACCUCCAGCUCGUACGCCGACGAACAUCUUAGCGAGUUUGCCUGCGAGCAAAUCCACAACUACAUCGUCAAGCCUAUCCUUCAACAAAAGGCUCUCAAGGACUUCCACCCCCUUGUCAGAGGAGUUCCUCGACGCAUCGCCUCUCGACAGAUCACCACCCUUCGUGACCUCGAAAAGACGUUGGUCUUCUUGGCUCCUGAUUACUCUCGUACUCCUUCUGAUUAUCUCAACUUUUGCGAAACCUACAUCGACUGUCUUCACGCUACUGUCGACAUUGUCCACGAAUCAGACCACUGCUCACCCUCAGAUCGCCCCUACACCAGCAACUACUUUAUCGACUUGGUCGGUCAAAUCCGCAGAUACGCUCAGAUCGUGGCCUCAACUCGCGCAAAGAAAGAACGAGGAGAAGAACUCGACGAGAUGGAUGUCACCUCCGAUGAACGCCUGCAACUGCGGGGAGGUGCAAGUGAAGCCGACGGUGUGACUCACAACACGCCUCUCCAACUCGUCCGUCACCAAGCUGGCAAGGAUAUUUCACUGCUCGAUGGCUCCGUUCUUUCUUCUCGUCCAGACCACUCCAUGUCUUCAUCGAAGCGUCCCAUGAUGGCUGACUCUUUCAAUGAUGACGUGGAGAGGUCCAUGGCCCGUCGUAGAAAGGGCGAGCCUAUCAAAACGUACGACUGUGGCUUUGACGGAUGCGACAAGAUCUUCCGCCGUCCUUGCGACCGUACGAAACACAUGAAGAGUCAUGAGCGUCCCUGGAAGUGCCCUCACACUGACUGCAAGUAUCACGAAGAAGGCUGGCCCACCGAGAAAGAGUGCGAACGCCACGUCAACGACAAGCAUGCCGAGUCUCCGAUCAUGUAUGCUUGUUACUGGUCUACAGUGAACAACUGCCCCUAUCAGUCGAAGAGACUGAGCAAUUGCAAGUCUCACAUGGAGAAAGCCCACGGCUGGGUGUACAUUCGUUCAAAGACGACCGUCAAGAACGGCAAGACCAAGGUGAAGCCUGAUCAAAAGGAGCCUGUGCAACAACCCAUCAAGUUGAUUGGAGGUGUCGCUGCAAGCGCGUCCACUCCAUCAACUUCAUCAGUCUCUGCAUCUACAUCUACAACUCCGUUCAUGCACACAGAGCAAUACCCUCCAGUGAGUGACCUAUCGACCACCCUGACUUCUCCCCAAGAGUUCUCGGUCCCCUCGAUGGGCCAAGGUAUCAUGACACCCUUUGAGAGUCCCGAUUUCGACAUGGCUAUGGACUUCCAACCAGAGUUUGUUGACCACUUCAACUUUGAUUGGGCUAGUGCUUUUACUCCAGCUGUCAACAACCCUCUCUACACCCCUUCACUUGUUGACGACCGUCGUUUGUCUCACGACUCGUCGGCUGUCAACACUGCACCCAACUCAGCGCUGCUUCAAGGUGAGACAUCCUUCGAUGAUGCUUUCAACCCUCCCACGCCUGAGGACAGCCCACAAUUCGUCACCAACACUGGCUUCAAGAUGGAACAGGGCUUCCAGGCAGGCCCGAGUAACUACAUCAGUGAUCAGAGCCUGUUGUUCUCGCCACCUCAGUUUGUGGUCAAUGGCUCUGAUCCCAUGCUCACUGCUCCCACUCAACCUAUGACCAACCAAGUGUUUGGCGGUGACGGUUCCAUGGAUAUGCCGAUGACCAACGAUGACUUUGACAUGUCCAAGUACCUGCCCUCAGACUACAACAACACCGACUCUCUAUUCCCCGCAAACAAUGACUAUGGUCUCGGCGCUCAGUUCGACGAGCAAUCGUUGUUCCCUUCUAGCAACAUCAACACUGCCACCAAGAUCAAGGAGAACCCUUACGCGAAGCUUUUUCCCGAGCUCCAGUAG